AUGUCCACAACUACAAUCGUGCCGUCCGAAGUGGAAGAAGUGGAGAAGGAUUUGAAGAAUUCCAGCGAGCGAUUCAGGCGAUCAUCGAAACAAAUCGCCUCGGCAACAACCGACACCGAAUCUGGCCCCGCCCUCUCGGUCCCACAAAAAGGGGCUCGAAAAAAGCUCACUUUUCAGAAUAUCAAGGCAGUCGCGGUAAAGAAAAAAGGGGUCCGACAGGAGAUUCUGAAAAAAGUGUCUGGAAUCGCGCGGCCAGGAGAGCUCACUUUCAUCAUGGGAUCGUCUGGUGCUGGAAAAACGACACUGUUGAAUAUCCUAACUGGGCGCAAUUUGAAAAACAUGGAAACCGAGGGAGAGGUCAUUGUUAAUAAUCGUAACAUGACACCAAACGAGAUGAAGAAAUUGAGUGCCUAUGUACAACAAGAUGACGUUUUUAUUGGAAUGCUAACAGUCCGGGAGACCCUGUUGUUUGCCGCCAAAUUGAGGUCCCCAUUCAAAUUGGAUACUGUAGAAUUGAAUUCCAUAGUUGACGAUUUGCUGGAAAUGAUGAGUCUGAAAAAGUGUGAAAACACGAAAGUCGGAUCGAUGACAGAGAAAAGUCUGUCGAGAGGAGAGCGCAAGAGGCUGGCGUUCGCUUGUGAGAUUCUCACGGACCCUCCAAUUCUGUUCUGUGACGAGCCAACGUCUGGUCUCGACUCAUUUAUGUCGCAUCAAGUGAUCAAAGCACUCCGCCAGCUGGCUUUGGAGGGUAAAACCGUAGUCUGUACGAUUCAUCAACCAUCCACAUCGGUUUAUCACAUGGCUGAUCAAUUGAUUCUCUUGUCUCAAGGUUAUGUGGCUUACGCCGGGUCCGCUAAGGCGGUGGACGCGUUUUUUGGAAGAUGCGGCUAUCCGAUUCCAAAGUUCGUCAGUUCCCCGGACCAUUUCAUGCGUGUCAUAUCCCAUAAAUCAUUCGAAUCUGAAGAUGAAUACAAUCGUCGAAUCGAUAAGAUUGUUCUGGAACAUGAAACUAUGCAAAAGGAGAAAUCAGUUCAAUCGUCAACCCAUUCUUCGCGUCGAGAACAGCUUGUGGACCCAAAUGACACUUUCCCAAGGACCUGGUGGUGUCAAUUCGCCUACGUUUUGCAUAGAUCUGCUAUUCAAUUGUAUCGAGAAAGAGCUGUACUUGUGGUUAAGCUUAUUCAGUUUUUGCAGACCCUAAUCAUGAGUCUGAUGAUUGGUGCCACCUAUUUCCAAAUGGAAAUCAAAAAGGAGUACUUGACAAGUUUCAAAGGAUUCGCAUUCGUUUCUGUUCAAAUGAUGCACAUGUUGUUCAUGAUGCCAGCAAUGACCGUAUUCUGGAAGGACUAUCCGGUGGUGGUCCGCGAGUUUCAGGCGAAUAUGUACUCGCCGAGUGCCUAUUAUUUGGCUAAAACGACCGCAGAUAGCGUCCAGUAUCUGGUGUUCCCAGUGAUUUUCAGUGGAAUUCUACUCGCAAUGACUAGUCUACCAUUUCGAGCCUAUUCGGUGACCCACUACUUGGCUAUUAACAUUUUAUUGAGUCUAAAUGCCUGUUCGAUUGCUCAAUCCUUCGCAGCGAUGUGUGGACACUUGGCAACAGGAAUGACCGUACUCCCGAUCGUCUGUGUCCCUUUAAUGGUCUUCGGAGGGUUCAUGAUUCAUUAUGAGAGCAUCCCCUCGUAUUUCGCCCCUCUCUCAUGGAUCUCAUGGUACAAGUAUGGAUUCGAAGCGAUUACUGUAGUUUAUUUUGACUCAAUUGAUGAAAUUCCGGGAUGCCAGAAGCUGAACAAUACUACAGUAUCCUUUUCGACAGCCGAGGGCAAUUGUACCACUGGUGCCGAGUUUAUUAAGCAGCAAUCGUUUAAGACCUCCAACUUAUGGCUCGACUACACGGUUAUUGUAGCUGCUCUUUUGUUCUGGAAGAUUCUUGGGAUUCUAUCGUUUAGCUGGAGAAUUAGAAGAGCUUAG